AUGUGCAAGGAUAAAAAGAAAAAGAUAUUAAAAGCUAUAAAGGUUCUAGAAAAAAAAGAUGAAAAAGAAGAAGAGAAAUUCUCAGAAUUAAUAAAUGAGGUGGACCAGAUUUUUUUGCAGUGUUUAAAAAAUGAUGAAGAUAUAUAUAAUAAAAAUAUAAUAAAUACAUAUAUUAUUCCUUAUAUGAAUUUAUUAUUAGAAAGAUUAUUAUUUUACUAUAAAGAUGAUGGUAUGAAUAAUAAUAUGGAAGAUAUAUCAAAUAAAGUAAAGAUAUUAUCACAUGUAUUAAUAUUUUUAUCUUCUAUUAUAAAAAUAAAUAAGAAAUAUUCUUAUAUUAUUAUUUGUUAUUAUGUGAAUUUAUUAGAAUCUAAAUUUCAUUUAAUAAAAAUUGUAGAACAUUUAAAAAAUAUAAUUCUUCAUUUAUUGAAAGGUUUAUUAUUUUCUUUUGAUGUUAUUUAUAAUGAAUUAGAAAAUAUAAAAAGAGGUAUCCAAAAUUAUGUAUUAUUAAAAUGUAAAAUAUUUAAUAUGAUUAUUAAUUUUCAUUUUAAUCCUUUCUUAUAUAAUCAUCCAUAUAAAUAUAUUUUAAUUAAAAAUUUAUUCUUAAUAAUUACAAAAGAAAUUAUUUUUUAUUUCCAUAUUUUAAAAAAUAAAAAAAAUAUAUUUAAACAGAUAUUAAUACAAGCAAAACCUACACAUCAUUUAAUAAAUAAUAUAUUAAACAUUAAAUAUUUGGAUUAUCUAUUACAAAAAGAUAAUAUUAAAAAUAAUUAUGAUCAUUUUAUUCUUAUAUGGCUGGAGCAAAACAUUAGACUCUUUAAUGAUCUUAUACUUUUUUAUAUUAGAAACGACAACACAUCUGAUUCUUCAAUUUGUCUAUUAAACGGUAAAAAUAAUGACAAUAAAAAUAAAAGUAAUAGUAAUAACAAUUUUGAAUACCAAUAUGAAUUAGAUGAAGAAGAGAAGAUGACAAACGAAUAUGUGGAAGACACAAAUAAAAUAGAUAUUUAUAAUAAAUUAAUAUAUUAUAUAAAUGAUAAUAAUUAUCAAUACAAUAUUAUGUGUGAUGACAUAAAUAAUAAUAACAAAAGAGAUACUAUUAAUUAUACAUUUGAUUAUAAUAAUAAUACAUAUUUAGAAAAUGAAACUAAUUAUAUAUAUGAAAAAUAUAUGGAUUAUGAAGAUAAUUUUUAUUCUUCUUCCAAAUAUUUAUUAAAUGAUAAUAAAAGUUAUAAUAAUAAUAAUAAUAAUAAUAAUAUAUAUACUAUCCAUAUGAAUCAUCUAAUUAGCAACAUUGAUCAUAUAAAAAUAGAUAGUUUAAUUUUUUUAACUCACCUGAUGAAAAAUAUAUUUUCAUUAAUAAGACAAGAACCAUUUAUCUUAAAUUUUUUUGUAAAAAAUAUUUUUAUUAUGAUAAAAAAAUUAAUCAACCUUUUUGACAUAUAUAAAAAAAGUGAUGAUAUAUUAAUAAAAAAGGAAGAAAAUAAAAAUGUCCAUAUUAAAACUAAUUGUGAUAACACCAUCAACAUUUAUAAUAAUAAUAAUAAUAAUAUGUAUAAGAAAAAAAGGAAAUACAAAAUUAAAGUUGUUGAAUGUCUUUUAGAAUAUAUAAAAAACGAACUGUAUAUAUUAAUAUGUAAAAAAAAUAUAAAUGCACCCUUUUAUUAUUCAUAUAUAAAUAAACUAUUAAAUAUUAUAGGAGAAACAGGAACAACAGAUGAACUAAUAAAAAAAAAAAUUAAUACAAUAAAUAAUAUUUAUAAUACAGAUAUUAUAAAUGAAGAUAAAAAUUUCCAUAUUGUAGAUAAUAAUUAUCAGAAAUUUAAAAGAAAUAUUUUAAGAAAAGAUAAUUAUGGAUAUAAAAAGAUAACAAAAGAACAUAUUGAUAUAAUGUGUUAUUUAAAAGUAAAAAUGAAUGAAACUGAUAGUAAUAUGAAACAUAAAAAAGAAGAAAAAGAAAAUAUGUUCAUAAAUCAGAUUAUUAAAAAAUUAUAUCUUACUAAUUUUAAAUUAGAUAAGAAAUAUUAUCAAAGAUUUAAUUGUUCAAAGGAUGUAAAUAUAGAAGAUUUAAUUGAAAAUGAAAAGAAAAAUAAUAAAAUGGGUAAAAAUAAAUCAUGUGAUGAAAAAAAUAUAUCAUGUGGUGAUAAUAAUAAUAUAUCAUGUGGUGAUAAUAAUAAUAUAUCAUGUGGUGAUAAUAAUAAUAUAUCAUGUGAUAAUAAUAAUAUAUCAUGUGAUGAUAAAAUAACACGUGUGAGUCAAUCAACAAAUAAUAAUAUCAAUAACAAAGAUGAUGAUGCAGGUAAUAAUUUAAUUCAAAAAUUUAUGAGCAAAUUUAUUACAUCAAAUAAAUGUCAAAAGGAUGAGGAAAAAGAAAAAAAAAAUACUGACAAGGACAAUAACAAAAUAGAUAUUAUAGAUGAUUGUAUUUAUAAUUAUCAUUAUAAUGAUGAUAAUAAUAUUAUUCCAAAGAAUUAUGAUUCACAGAAUGAAGAAUUAUUAAAUGUAAAAGAUAUAAAAUAUACUGAUUUGUAUAGAAAGUUUUUUUUUAAUGAUAUAAAAUAUUAUGAAAAUAUAAAAGAUAAAGAAGAUAUUUUGACCAAUAUAGAUUUAUAUUAUUUUAUCAUCUUCUCUCAAAUAAUAAAUAAUAAUUUAGAAAAUCAAGUGAAGGUGAUAGGUGAAAAUAUUUUCUUAAAUAAAAUAAAUAAUAUAAAAAUUAUAAACAAUAUUGUAAAAAGAAUUAUAUUUAAUCAUAUGCUAAAGGAACAAUUAAAAUUUUUUUUCUUAUCUUUAUAUAUAAUAAAAAUUAAUUCAUUUAAUAUAUAUCAAGAAAAUAUUCCCAACGAUAUAUUUAUGAAUUAUUCAACACUUUUUAAGUUAUAUAACAAUUUGUUGUUUUAUUUGUAUAUACAAGAAGAAAAAAAAAAAAAAAAAAAAAAAAAUAUAUUAAAAUUAAACGAUGAAGAUGAUGUAAAUGAAAAUAUAAAUCAAAAUAUAAAUCAAAAUAUAAAUCAAAAUAUAAAUCAAAAUGUAUAUCAAAAUGUAAAAGUAAAUCAAAAUAUAGAUCCAUAUCAAAACAAUUCUUGUGUUUAUAUUUUUAAUAUGGAUGAUACUUACCAUAUAAUGGAGAACGAAAAUAUUAUUGACAAUUCAAACAUUUUAGGAUAUACAAAGGUGUGCUAUAAUUAUUUUUUUAAGUUAAAAAAAAAAUUAGAUAAUUCAAACACAUCAUGUGUAUAUCGUAGUGAAUUACAGAAUAAAUCAUUCAAAAUAAAAUGUACUUAUGACGAGACAUUCAAUCUUAUACUUUAUAUCUUACAUAAUGAAAAUCUUUUAUUAAAACAUAGAGAUCAAUAUAUAAAAACGUUUAUAGAGCAAAUAUUAGAAACACCAAAAUUAUCUUUUUCUUUUUUUAUAUAUCUUAUUAUAUGGUUACAUAAUAUAGAGGUUCAUGUAGACUUUAAAGGAUAUAUUAACAAUACAAAUAGUAAUAAAGAAAUCAAUAUAAAAAUAAAAGAAACUAUAACUCAAAGUGAUACAAUUGUAGAUAUAAAUAAAGAAGAUCAAGAAGAUCAAGUAGAUCAAGAAGAUCAAGAAGAUCAAGUAGAUCAAGAAGAUCAAGUAGAUCAAGAAGAUCAAGAAGAUCUAUAUGUUAAUUUAAAAAUGAAUGAUAAUAAAAAUAAAGAAAAUAUCAACAUUAAUAUAUCAGAUGAUCAUAUGAUACAAAAUAUAAAUGAUCAUACAAAUAAUUAUGAAACAGAUUCAUAUUUUAAUGUUGAUUUUUCAGAUCAUGCAUAUUCAGAGAGUGAACAAAAUAAUGACACUUCAACAAAUAAUAAUAUAAAUAAUAAUGAAUUACAAAAUGAAACAUGUAAUUAUUAUGAUAAUAACAAUAAUAAGAAUAAUAAUUUAAAUCAAUCUAUUUCUAUGAAUAAUAAUAUUUCAUAUAAUAAUUAUUACAAUGAAGAAAAAAAAAAUUAUAAAGAUCAACUAUUUAAUAUUAAUUAUUAUAUUAAAUAUAAUAUAAGUAAAUCAACAAAUAUGUCAAAUAAUAUUUUAUGCUUUUCUUUAAUAUCUAAUUUAUUAAAAAAAAAUCAAAAUAUUAAAUGUAAAAAAACCAUAUUGUGUAUUUAUAUGAAUACAUUAUUUAAUUAUAGAAAUGAUAUAAGAACAUUAUUAAAAAAAUUAAUAACAGCUACAAAAGGUAUUUAUAAUAAUUCAUUAAAUUAUUUUGUAUAUACUAAGAAAAUAUUUAGAUAUUAUCAUAAAAUUUUUAUAUUAUUCUUAUUAUAUAUUUGUAAUAUGUAUUUCCAAAAUUUGAAAGAUGAUAUAUUAUUUUUUUCUUAUUAUCCAUUUUAUUUAUGGCCAGUAGAACUAAUGAAUUUUAUUCAUAACUUUUUAUUAUCAAAUUUUAAUUUUUUUUAUAACCAUAUUAUAUCACUUUUUACAAAUAAUAAACAAAUUGGAUCUUAUGAAAAAAAAAUAUUCUCAUCUAAAGAUUAUAAUAAUAUAAAUAAACAAGUUGACCUUUUUUUAAAUAACUUUUAUAGCUCAACGGUUGAAGAUGGGUCCCUUGAAUCUUUUAUGAAAGACACGGAUUUUUUUAAUAAUAAAAAUGAAGAAGGAGAUCAUCAAAAUUGUAGUAGUAAUAUAAAUAAUCAUAAUAACAUAAAAAAUAUAUCUCUUAAUAUUUAUGGACAAAAUUUCAUAGAACAAGAAGAAAAAGAAUGUUUACAUAAAAAUGAAAUAUCACAAAGAAUAUUAUUAGAAGAAAUUUUCAUCUUUUUAUUUAUAAAAACUAUAGAUUUAUUAGAAGAUAAUCAACUGUGGUUGAAAUUAAAAGAAACCAAUAUUUUUUUAAAUUUUAUAACUAUUAAUUAUGUAAAAGAAUUAAUUAAAUUUGUUUUUUCUAAUAUACAAAAUACAUAUGAAAAACAUAAAGAAAAUUUCUGGUUACAAUUUAAUAUAUUAAUUAAUGAACAAAUAGAAGAUGAUAAAACAAAAAAUAAUGAGAAUAAAAUAUAUUUAAAAUUAAAAGAAAUAUCAAAUUUUGUAUUAAAUUCUAUUGAUAAUUAUUUAAGCAUAUGUGUCAGAUCAACUAUAUUUUUUCAUUUAUAUAUAUUUAUUUUUAAUAAUUGUAAAAAAAAGGAAAUAAAAAAAUUAUUACUCAACAAAUUUAUUAUAACAUUGCCUUUAUUAAAAUCUUUGUUUCAUGAAGAAUUUUUUAGAAUAUUGAAAUAUAACAAUAAAAUAUUAAGUCAAGGCAAAGAACAAGAUGAUAAUAUAAUGGAAAACAGCCAUACACAAAAUUAUAAUGAGAAUCAUAAUAAUGAUCAUAAUGAUGAUCAUAAUAAUAAUAAUAUUGAUAGUGAACAAAAUAAUAAUCUUAUUAACAAAAAUGAAGAUAAAAAUAAUAAUAAUAAUAUUGUUCUAGAAGAAUCCAAUGAUAUAAAUAAUAAUGAUAUAAAAAAUACAGAAGAAAAUAAUCCAUUCCAAAUUAAUAUCGAAAUAAUAAAAUAUAUAAGUACCAAUUUAUAUAAAUCUCUACCCUCUUCUGAUGAGAAUUAUAUGAACUUUUUAAAUUUCUGUUUUAAUUUGUAUUUGGAAAAUAAUAAUUUCGAAUUCAUUAUAGAAAUGAUUGCAUUCUUAAAAAAAGAACAAACUUUACAAAUAUUUAAUGAUAUUAUAAAAAAUGAAAUUAUAGAUGAAAAUAAAAAAAUCGAAUUCAUGAAAUGUUGUAUCAAUAAUAUAGUAAAAUUACCAUAUGCUUACAUUCUAGAGAAAAAAAAAUAUAACGAUAAUGAUAAUGAAACAUAUUAUGUAACAAAUGCUGAUAUUUUUUAUUUAUAUUAUAAUUUAAAUAAAUAUAAAAAUAUACAAAGAGUUAUGUUAGAUUAUUUUGUAACUAAAGUCAAUUUAAACACAAUAGAUAAUGAUGAUAAUACUAAAAUGUUUAAUGAUAUAACAAUUAAAGAUUUAGCUAGUAUAAUACAACAAAUAGCAGAAAAUAGUAAUACAAUCUUUCCUAUUUAUGGAAGAUUCUUAUGUCAAAUUACUAAAAAUAUUAAUAUAUUAAGAGAAUUUGUAAGUAGUAUUAUUAUACCUUUAUUAAUACAAAAAAAAAUUUGGACAAAUAAAUUUAUAUGGAAAGGAUGUCUCAUGUGUAUAUCGAUGUUAUGGCCAGACUUUAAGCACUCCCUUUUUUAUAUUUUCUUUAUGUUACCAUCGGAUGAAUGCUCUACCUUAUUUCAUGCCUUAGAACAGAAACAUUCUAUUUCUAGCGAUUUAAUUGAAUUAAUAUCCACAAAUGAACAGGCCAAAAGAAUGUGCCCUGAUUAUUUGAAGAAUUUACUGAAUACAUGA